GAAUGAAAAAUGAAAGUAGAAUAAGGUUAAAGGUCAGGGAUCAGGUAAUAGGACCAAGACGUGCAAGAAACCGGCUGCUUUAGUCAUUGGUGGAGUGUCAUCGUAGCUACAGACAGAUUAAAAACAUGGCACAGCCGACAGGGGACAUUGCUUUGAUUGGACUGGCAGUCAUGGGCCAGAAUCUAAUUCUGAACAUGAAUGACAACGGUUAUACAGUCGUUGCGUUUAACAGAACUGUCGAAAAAGUAGAACAGUUUCUACAAAAUGAGGCCAAAGGUACAAAGGUUGUGGGGGCCAAAUCUCUGGAGGACAUGGUCAGCAAACUGAAGAAGCCAAGGAGGGUCAUGUUACUGGUCAAGGCCGGGCAGGCAGUGGAUGACUUCAUUCUCAAACUGGUCAGGGGAUAA